UUUGGUUGUAUUUUAGUGGUUUAUCAGUUAAUUUGUAGCAAUUUAUAUAUUUAAAGAUCAAUAUGUCGAGAUACGUGUUGUUAAUAAGCGUUAUUAUACUCUAUUCGACCUCCCAUGCUAUGGGAAGCAGCGAUGGCAAUGAAAUUGAGCUAGAUAAGCAUCAUAAUUACAAAGAUAUGACACAAAUAUUAAAAGCAGUCAACAAAAAAUGUCCAGACAUAACAAGAUUAUACUCCAUCGGGAAAAGCGUACAGGGACGUGCUCUUUUGGUCUUGGUAAUAUCAGACAAGCCAGAUGUCCACGAAAAAGGUGAACCGGAAUUCAAAUAUGUGGGAAAUAUGCAUGGAAACGAAGUUGUCGGAAGAGAACUCCUUCUUAACUUAGUCCAGUAUAUGUGCAAUGAAUAUAAAAAGGGAAAUGAUACGAUUAAAUAUCUCGUUAAUAACGUUCGCAUUCAUGUUCUCGUGUCAAUGAAUCCAGAUGGCUAUGAACAAGCUUAUAAUACGCCGUUUCCAAAAGACUACAUGACAGGGCGAGCAAAUGUUCGCGGAGUCGAUUUAAACCGGAAUUUUCCGGAUUUUUCUCAAAUUGAGUGCAGCACAGAAGACUCCAAUCACCUAGCUUUAAACCGAGAUUAUGCUCGUGAGGCAGCAGAGGGUCUCAUCUUGGAACCAGAAACGAAAGCAGUGUUUGAAUGGAUUAUGGAGAUUCCUUUUGUCAUCUCUGCAAAUUUACAUGGAGGUGAUUUAGUGGCAAAUUAUCCGUAUGAUAAUACAUGCAACGGAAAGACAAGAGAGUAUCACGAAUGUCCCGAUGAUAAAACAUUUCGUUACAUAGCGUUAUCAUACAGUCAGAACAAUCCAGCUAUGGCGUCAUCAACAGGGUGUGAUAGAAGUGAUCACUUCCAUUACGGCACAACAAACGGUGCAGAGUGGUACAGCGUCAGAGGAGGAAUGCAGGAUUUCAAUUAUCUUGCUAGCAAUUGCAUGGAAAUAACAUUGGAAUUGAGCUGUCAAAAAUUUCCACCUCCACAAAAUCUUCCAUACUACUGGAGAAUGAACAAAAACUCCCUAUUGACCUAUAUUGAACAGGUGACAUGUGGCGUGAAAGGCUUCGUAAACGACUCUUCAACAGGUGCGGGAAUUCCUUAUUCUCGCAUUGAAGUCCGAGAUAUAGAUCAUUAUAUCAUCACAGCCGCAGAUGGAGACUACUGGCGAAUUUUGGCACCCGGAACUUAUGACAUCCGGGUCACCUCACAAGGUUACGAUGACUCCCCUUAUAAACAGGUCACUGUUCCAGAUUGCACAGCAGGCUCAGCUGUAAGAUUGGACUUCUUGUUGAAUCAACAAUCAAAAAAAGAGAUCAAAGACGAACUUGGGUCUAUGAGAGCAAUUUUGAGAUCUUUGGAAAACGAGGACUGAGACAUUACAUCACCAGUAGCGUAUAAUUAUGACAAAAGUAUAUUUUAUUUACUUAGAUCAAGGAUAAAUCUCAGAUAAGUUAUAUUUAGACAAUCUGUCCACUAACCCUAUCUUCCACUGGUAUACCUUUUUAAUUUUUCACCGAUGUAGUUUUCAGAGUGUUUUUUGAGUAUUUUCCCUGGUUUUCUAGUUUCAGUUUUAUUUCAACACAAUUAUUACUUCAAGAGAUAUAUUAUGAUGAAAAUUUGACAACAAUUUUUGUGGACACUGUUUUUAGCAAAUUACUUACCUUUCUAUGUUUUUAUUCUAUGUAUUGUGAUCAUGUGACAUCGAAGUUCAAUAGUUAUUGCGUACCUAUGUAUUGUAUGCUUGAAAAACUAAUCCUCCAUUCAUAUGAGUCUAUCUUUAUAAUGGAAUUGUUUAACAAAAUGCGUGAUUGAAAAUUACUACGUGAAUACAAGCAACAACUUUUGCACUGGAUUGACAACACAGGAUUUUUCGGUAAAAUUUGGUGUAACAAGUCCAUUUGUAGUUAGUUAUUCAUAUGAAAAGUGUAUUUAUCAAAUUAGUUGUUUACUAUACGUUAUUUUCGUUGUUUUUUUUAAAAAAUGUUCUAGUCUGAUCUUUAUUGUAUCUUAUUCUACACACACACACUCAUAGAUUUUUGUGUGAAUCUUCUUCAUAUAAGAUGAUUUCAUUUCAGUUGGUGGAUACCACAGGGUGCUGUCGUAUGCCCCAUUUUCUUCCUAUUUUAUAUGGAACCCAAAUCUCAAGAUCCUUUCAUUGCGUACAUUUAUAGUAUGUAUGAGAAAAAAUAUUGUCUACUCCAACACAUUCCAGAUCUUUCGGAGUGCAUGCUCGUGCAAUCGUUCUCGAUUUGAUCUAUUUUUGCAUUAGAUGGUAAACUGUUUCUCAACAAGAUUACAUCAAAAUAGUGUCAAAUCACAGUAAACAGAUUCCUUAACGGGUUUUGUUUGAGUAUAUAUAGUCAAGCACGUUUGUAGAUAAAUCGCACUGCCAUGACGCGGACCAGGUAUGAUACAUACCAGGAAGAGUACAUUUUAAAACUCAGAUUGCUUAAAAUCAAUCAGAAUAAUAUAUCUUCGCUAUAGACGUCAGCGGACAUCCAGGCUACUGAAUAAUUCACGCUUCCUUUGAGGAUGGAAUAUUCAAUUAUUUCAUCGAAACUAUGUAUGGUAAAUAUACAUAUCCAUGGUCAUAACCUGAAGAACUACAUUUCAUCUAUCUCCCCAGUGACGCCAGAGGUCCAAUUUAACUAAACCUACAUAUAUAUAUCUGUAACUGAAUAUUUAAAUAAAAAAACAUUUGCAUGGAACACAUAUAACUAUGUAGUUUCAGCCAGAAAUCAUUCUAUUUUUGUGUUUUGACACCACAUUACUCUUCAAGUGUUGAAAAACAUGUUGUUUUUUAGUAUUCUUCUUCUUUCUCAGCGAGGCUCAAUUUGCACAUUUCAACGUUUUUUUAAAUAUCUUUUAUUUUUAUGUCGAGAUAAUAUAAUCCACUAAGCAUGUACAUUUCGUAAUUAUCCCUUUAAAAGUUAUAAUCGUGUUUGUUUAUGAUUUCUAGAUGUUUUUAUUGUAACUUUAUAUUUGGUCGAUCGCUAAACAUUCAUGAAUCCAAGAAUCAAGACACGAUGCCCUAACACAAUGUAUUGAAAACAAAACUAAGUAACUGAAAUACACAUGCAAUUGUGAUCUAUACUGUCCUAUUGCAAUUGUGUUAAAAAUAUAAAUUUGACAAACGUGUUCCAAGAUGUCAUUGAUAUUCUAUCAACAUUUCAGAAUCGUCAUAUCUUGAAUUACUGUAAAACUUCAGGUCAUUUUGCGAAUAUUAUUUAAUACUCGAAAACACAAAUGUUGCUUACUUUUGUAAUUCUAUUAUUUUUUGGGGGUUUUUAACAUUAUGAGGUGUUUUCCACCUUAACUCCCAAAAACUAUCAAAGCCAGAAGACACCGAUAUACAAUAAAACUAUUACGAUUUAGAGGAGAAAAUAAUAUUUUGCCAUGUCUCUGUUAUUAUAAAUAUUCUAAUUCGUGUCAGUAACGAUCAUAUUAUCGUUGGAUCAUGAUUUGAAAUUUUUUUGCCGGGUUAUGUGCAAUAUAAUAACAAUUCCUGUAUAUAGUAAAUAUUAUUAAUUGUAUAUUCUAUUGUGUCGUACACAAUACGCUGUAAUCAUGUGCUAUAGUUGUGUUGUUCAAAUAAAUGUGGUACAUAUAUGGUUGUCAAUAAGACGACGAGAACUUGACUUUGCCAAGCGUGAACCUAGUAUGAAAUUGAUCUUUACAGUGAGUUUCAUUCAAUGCCCUCACUUGAUUGUGUAGCCAGAAGCUUGUUUCUGGAAAACAUCGUUUUGUAUUUUAAUAAAUUACUUCAAGAGCAAAA